AGUAUUAUAAUUUCCACAGUGUCAGAUGUCAAAGAUUCUCAACAUAAAAGAACCCAUUCAGGGGCUGUUGGGUAACCUGCUCAGUGCUGCCACUUUGUGGUCGAAGUCACUCACUACGUCAUGGUGGAAGGAGCAGCUUAGUUCAUACUGUCGCAGGCAAACUAGCUGCCAGAUUUAAAUGACUGGAGAUGAUCAAGAUUUCACAUAAAGCUAAUUUAAAUGUAGCUUUGUUGGACUGAUUAUGGUAUUCUAAGGUGAUCCAAAUAUGGAAAUGGCUCAGAGAGACCAUAAGAAAUAUUUUGAGCCAACGUGAGUGUUGAUUUUUGCCACUGUGAAAGGAUGGGUUGUUCAAACCCUGGCAAAGGCCUCAGUCUCUGUAACCAGGCGCUAUGGGACCUGUGGCCUGGCUGUGUCCCUCACUAUGGUAACAAUGAACUGAGUGUGGAUUCAGAUAGGAUUAGUAAUAUCUACACAAGCGAGAGCCUGUGAAACUUGCAGCAAUGCUUCCUGUUUUUUAGACUUCAUAUUUUUCUCUUGCAGAGCCUGAAUGAAGCUAGUUACAGCAAUGGGCCCAGCUCAGAAUCUUGACUUGUAGCUGUAAAACAAGAAAACACUGUUAACUAGAUAAUUAUGUUUGCAAUGAUUGUCAUAGUUUGUGGUUCAGUAAAAAAUAAGUCAAAUAACUUGUGUAAUGUGUAAGUAAAUACAGUUAAUGUAAGUAGAGUGUUGCAUUUUUUCCUGUUAUACGCUACCUUCUGAAAAUGGGAGGGGCUUGGCCUCAACUGGCCCCUCCCACUUGAGCUUUAGUCCUAUUCAGACAAACUUAGAAUCAGACACACAGAGAUGGAGAAACACUGUAGUAACUGGACUCUUGUGCUGGUGCUCUGUGGCCUCCUGCCACUGGCUACUCAGGCUGGCAGGCAGAUGCCAAAACUCUCCGAUAAGAAGCUAUGUGCCGAUUCAGAGUGUAGCCAUCCCAUUCUCAUCGCUAGAGCUCUGCAGGAUUAUUACCCGCAAGACUGUCGCUUCAUACACAUCCAGCAAGGCCAGUCUGUCUAUGUGUAUGCCAUGCUGAAAGACCGUGGGAACCUCUUCUGGGCUGGUAGUGUUCAAGGGUCGUAUUAUGGAGAGCAGGAGGCGCGUCUGGGAUUCUUCCCCAGCAGUGUUGUUGAAGAGACACAUGCUUUAAUGCCUGCUGAGGUUGAGGUCAAGACUGACAAAUGGGACUUCUACUGCUAUUAGGAUUGUGUGAUGCUUCGCCUGGAAUAUAAACAAGAUUCUUGAUUCCACUCUGCACUUUGUAGUGUGUCCCUACUACAUUUAUUAUCUCUACACUACUCAAAUAUUCAGAUAAGGGAAACACAGAACAGUGACUGUAUAUGCUUAUUGAUGCAAUAGUUUGAAUAAAACUGAGCUGCUGCUA